GGUCUAAAUUCUGGUUUUGUUGGGAAUAAAAGAUUUACUUCAACCUCACCUCAAGCAUCUCAGUCCUUUCGAGGCUCCACAACACCAAAAUACCCCUGCUAUAGUUUCAACAAUAGGGGGUUCUGUAAUAAAGAACGCUGCCCUUACACACAUGCCUGUCAAAAGUGUGGAGGAACACACACAAAAAAGCAGUGUAACUCUGGGAAAGCCCAAACACCUUCAAAAUCAAUUGACUCUUCACAAACACGUAGGGCAGGAAAAACUACAGGUAUCUUCAAAUCUGCUAACGAAAAAUAGUGUUGUUACCCCAAUUAAAGCAGACAGGCUAGACUAUUGGUUGAAGGGUUAUGAUAGAAACAAGCAGAAAUAUUUAGUGGAAGGUUUUAAAGUUGGGUUUAAAAUUCCUUUUGAAGGUCAAAGAAUUUUUAGAGAGAGUGAUAAUUUAAAAUCAGCUAAGGAUAAUUUGGACAUUUUGAAACAAAAGAUUCAGAUUGAAAUAGACAACCAUAGGGUAGCAGGUCCAUUUAAGGAAAUACCAUUUCAGAAUUUUCAGAGUUCACCGUUAGAUCUAGUUCCCAAAAAGUCAGGGGAGACUAUUGUUGAUUAUAGAGUUAAACAUCACCUAUCUUAUCCUGAGGGCUGUUCGGUCAAUGAUGGUAUUCAGAAUAAAUUCAAACCUGUUCAAUAUCAGGAGGUAGAAGAUGCAGUAGGUUUAAUGCGCACAUAUGGGAAAAAUUGCGGCCUCCUUAAAUUGGAUAUUCAGAAUACAUAUAAAAUUGUUCCAAUACAUUGUUCAGAUUGGGAAUUGUUGGGUUUUACUAUAGACCAUGAAUAUUAUUUUGACAAAACUCUCCCAAUGGGACUUAGUUUUUCUUGUCAGUUAUUUGAAGAAUUCAGUACUGCAGUACAUUGGGUAUGUGAAAACAAGUUAGGUUUAAGUGGGAGACUAGUUCAUCUGCUAGAUGAUUUUUUAGGUGUUGGCCCAGAAGAUAGGCAAAUUUGUUAUAGAGAUCUCAACAAAAUAAUGUUUUUGUUCAAGGAUAUUGGUAUUCCAAUUAAGGAGUCAAAAAUCGUCCGUCCCUGCACUUCGCUUAUAUUUUUGGGUAUUGAGUUGGAUUCUAUUUUGAUGGAAAAACGUUUACCACAAGACAAGUUAACUAAAGCUAGACACCUAAUACAAAUUCAUAAGUCUAAAAAAUCUAUAACAUUACAAGAGUUACAGUCUAUAAUAGGUCUUUUAAACUUCGCCUGUUCAGUGGUCAUUCCAGGACGCCCAUUUCUUAGGCGGCUAAUUGAUCUGUCAAUUGGGUUAACUAAACCUUUUCAUCAUAGGAGAUUGAAUAAGGAAGCUCGAGCGGAUUUAAAUGCUUGGGGUUUGUUUUUGGAGCAUUUCAAUGGUAAGUCACUGUUUUUAUCAGAGCAAUGGGACAACUCUGACUCAUUACAGUUGUACACGGAUGCAAGUAACAUUGGUUUCGGUGGUUAUUUAGGAAAUCAGUAUUUUAGUGGUAUAUGGCCUAAAACCUGGAAUACCUACCAUAUUACAAUAAAAGAGUUAUUUCCCAUUGUACUUGCAGUUCAGCUUUGGGCAGAUCAGUUAGAAAAUCGAUGUAUUAUUUUUUUCACGGAUAAUGAUGCUGUUGUGCACAUCAUCAACAAACAAUCCUCUAAAGAAAAGACAAUCAUGGUUCUAGUUCGUCGUUUAGUAGCGCAAUGUUUAAAGCACAAUAUUUUAUUUCAAGCAAGACAUGUACCGGGUUUAGAUAAUGUUUUAGCUGAUCAUCUUUCUCGCCAGCAGAUUCCACAGUUCCUACAAAAAUUUUCCCACAACAACCCUGUAGCAUGCCAUUACAACGAGGACAAUUUCAAAGUUUAGAAUCAAUAGCUUCGGACCUAAUGCAUCAGUCAUUAGCACCAUCAACUCAUAAUACUUAUCAAAGGGCAAUUGAAUAUUACCAUCGUUUUGUGUCAUCAUUUGCUUUGCCAAGAAAAGGUGUACCAGCAGAAGCAAAAGAUAUCAUCUUGUUUAUAGCUUAUUGUUACUCACAAGGCUUAGCUUGUAUUAU